ACAGGUGAUAUGUGUCUUUUUUCCUUGGUCUCUUCUUCCUCUAUAUUCAACACAUCCAUUAUUUCAUCGUCAUCAAGUCUAUAUUUUAUACCUAGCAACUCUUUUCUUCCCUUGUGUUGUUUGUUUUGUUUACACGACUCGUUUUCUUUCUCUCUCUCUUCGUCUUUUCUCCAUGAAAAUUUCAGCUGCUUUCACAUUUGACCCCCUUUAUAAUUGUUAAUCCUACUACCAAUUUCUCGGCAAUUAUAGUAUUUUUUUUUUUUAAUACUUUCCCUCGAAGAUAAGUAGUUAGGACCAACAUCACUUAGUUCAAAGGUGUGACAUUUUUGAAAAAUUCUUCUCAUAAUAUUUUUUUCCCCCUUUUCUCAGAGCUUUCCAGCUGUUUUUUAAGGUUCCCAGAAACUGCUUCUGUUAAGUUCAGCUAAUUUUCUUAAAUUCAUAGUUUAUUGUCUUAUUUUUUUUCCUUUUAUUCUUUUUGACCAAAUUCUCAAUUGGGGUUUCAGUGAUUUUUCAUUUUGAUGUAUUAGUAAAGUAUAAUAUAAGAGUGCCAAGGAAUUGUUUCUGUUGGUCUAUUGUUAUCAACUGUUAAUUUAUUGGUUUAUUUUCUUCCAUUUACUUGAUUAUUUUGAUCUGGGUCUUGCUUUCUUUUCUUUUUUUUUCUCACAUUUAUUGACAAAUUCUCAACUGGGUUUUAUCAAUUUUCUAUUUUUACAAUUGGGUUCUUUUUUUUACUCUAAAAUUUGUAACAUGGUUGUGAUAUCAAAAUAAGCUGAAGUAGCAGAUUUAUGAAAGUUGCUUUUUUUGAGAGGUGGGUUUUUAAUAUACUUUCAAAGAUGAAUUGUUUCUCGUUUAAGAAAAAGGGCAAGGAAAAGAAGCAAUCAAAUUCAGCACCUGAAUUGAGGAAACAAACUACAUCAGAUGUUUCAGCAAAUCGGGUGUCAAAAUCUGCAAAUUCAACUUCAUCAUCAAGAAGUAUACCAGAAUUGUACAAGGAAAAACAGCAUAAUUUGAGGGUUUUUACUUACAAUGAGCUUAGAGAAGCUACAAAUGAUUUUCACAGAUUGUUAAAGAUUGGGGAAGGUGGUUUUGGGAGUGUUUAUAAAGGCACAGUUAAGCCUUCAAAUGGUAAAGGAAAUCCUAUUGUGGUUGCCAUUAAGAAGCUGAACAGAUAUGGCAUGCAGGGCCACAAAGAAUUUCUUGCAGAAGUUCAGUUCCUUGGUGUUGUUGAUCAUCCAAAGCUAGUAAAGCUUCUGGGAUACUGUGCUGUAGAUGGAGAAAGAGGAAUCCAGAGGCUCUUGGUGUAUGAAUACAUGAAGAAUAAAAGCUUAGAAGAUCAUCUGUUUGGAAAAAAUACGCCUCCUCUGCCUUGGAUAACAAGAUUAAAGAUAAUGUCAGAUGCAGCUGAAGGAUUGGAAUAUCUCCACGAAGGAAUCGAAGUUCAGGUGAUAUUUAGAGACUUUAAGUCCUCGAAUGUGCUGCUGGAUGCUAAUAUGAAUGCCAAGCUAUCUGAUUUUGGGAUGGCCAGAGAAGGGCCUACUGGGGAUAAUACUCACGUGUCAACAGCGCCAGUGGGAACGUAUGGAUAUGCAGCCCCUGAAUACGUUGAUACAGGGCAUCUCAAGCAAAAGAGUGACAUCUACAGCUUUGGGGUGGUGCUUUACGAGAUCCUAACGGGCCGACGAGCCAUAGAGAGAAGCCGACCACCUUCAGAGCAGAAAUUGCUAGAAUGGGUAAAACGAUUCCCAGCUGACAGUAGGAUGUUUAACAUGAUAAUGGACUUGCGCCUUCGACAUCAAUAUCCUCUAAACGCUGCCCGGAAAAUAGCCAAGUUAGCAGAUAGAUGUCUGAUCAAAGAAGCAGAAGAACGACCCAAUAUGAGUGAAAUAAUAGAGGUGUUAAAAGAGGCUAUACUGGAAUCAGAGGGAAGCUCUUCUGGAGUAAACAUUCCACAAUCAAGUAAAGCUAAAUAGGAAGUAUAGAAACUAGUUAAGAUUUAGUAAUGAAAGAAAGUCUUACUGGGUUGCUAUAUCUUACCCUCUUGUAGUAAUGGAAGGCCUAUGAUGCAAAUAAAUAUAUUAUAUAAAAAAUGAGGCUGAUUGAUUGAGUGGGUACAUUUGAGUUUGAUUCUUUUAGGUUAUUUAGCUGAGAGUUUGUAGUAAGAUCUAAGAUCAUUGACCAUGAUUUUCCUGCUGCAUUGUCGUGUUGGUCUGUAUAUAAUCAGAUGUAUUGUGUUGGGAGUAAUUGUGUUUCCUCCAACAGAGGUGUGCUACUUUUUCUUCAUUUUUUUUGUAUAAAAGAGGGAACUGCUAUUUUUUUA